UCUUUAUUCGGCUUUUCUGGUCCGCCCCCUCUCUCUCCUGUCUCCUCUCUCUCUCUCUCUCUCUCUCUCACACCCACAGAGCCCCGUCUCUCUCAAACCCUAGACCUCCACAUCUCUCCAUGUCCAUCGUCCUCAAUUCCAUCUCAUCGUGAUCUCCCGGCGACGGAUCUGCAGCGGAAUCGGAACCCCACGUCCUUCAGUUCCUAGCUCAGCGGACAAUCCGUAGCGCAAUUGCUGGAAUGGCGGCUUCUUCAACGACCAGCUCCGUCUACCUCCACGUCAUCGAGGAUGUCAUCAACAAAGUCCGCGAUGAGUUCGUUAACAACGGUGGCCCCGGCGAGGAUGUCCUCGGCGAGCUGCAAGGGAUGUGGGAGACCAAGAUGAUGCAAGCGGGUGUUAUUCUUGGCCCAGCGGACAGGUCGGCAGCUGCCAAGAACGUGCCUGGUGGGUCAGUUCCUCCCGUUCACGAUCUUAAUGUACCAUAUGAAGGAACAGAGGAAUACGAAACUCCGACAGCUGAGAUACUAUUUCCUCCUACCCCACUCCAAACGCCUAUCCAGACCCCGCUUCCUAGCAGUGUGGACAACUCAAUGUAUAAUAUUCCAACUGGCACACCCUCUGAUUAUCCUACUCCCCUAAAUGAUAGCGUCGGCAACUCUGGUAGCAGCACUGAGGCGAAAGCUGGAAGACCUAAUCCAUACAUGCAACCUCCUUCUCCCUGGAUGGCCCCGAGGACCCCUGUUGAUGUUAACGUUGCAUAUGUCGAAGGGCGGGACGAGGUAGACAGAGGAACCUCUCACCAACCAUUGACACAGGAUUUCUUCACGGUGUCUUCUGGAAAGAGAAAACGUGAGGACUUUUCUGGUCAGUAUCAGAAUGGACAACAUAUACCGCAGCAAGAUGGUGCUGUGGAUCCUGCACCUGAAGCAUAUCAGGGGAUGGAGAGUCCUUUGCCGGUCAGGCCUGAGGCUGCCAACACAUUAAGCAUUGAGAAGGGUUCUAAAUUGAAGAUACCCCAAGUUGAUGGACCAAUACCUGAUCCUUAUGAUGAAAUGCUGUCUACACCAAAUAUAUACAAUUAUCAAGGAGUUGUUACCGAAGACUACAACAUUGCAAAUACACCAGCUCCCAAUGAACUACAAGCAGGUACUCCUGCUGGUGGAAUUCAUGCUGAUGUUGGGGAUGAGGAUGACGAUGAUGAGCCGCCACUCAAUGAAAACGAUGAUGAUGAUUUGGAUGAUGUGGACCAAGGGGAGGAGCUGAAUACUCAGCAUUUAGUUUUGGCCCAAUUUGACAAGGUGACCCGUACAAAGAGCAGGUGGAAGUGCACUCUGAAGGACGGAAUAAUGCACAUAAACAAUAAGGACAUCCUUUUCAAUAAGGCAACAGGAGAGUUCGACUUUUGAUUUUGUUGGCUAGCCAGAAUCGGUCCGACUGGAAGGGCAAGCCUAGAGAGAUGGCAUUGGGGGUGUUAUUUCGAAUUUUUCUCCAUAAUUAGAUUAUUAGCUUUUCGUGUGAGAAUUCGAGGGACGAGAGAGAUACUAUUUAAAGACCGUGAGCCAGUGAUGUGGUGGGCUUCUUGUAUAUAAAUGGGGAAGAGAGCUAUGUUCGGCCUUACAAACAGUGGAUGUUUUAAUUGAGGAUUUAAUUUUUGUUUGUUCUCCCCGGAAGGCUUAUGGAAUACAUAAUCCAUUUUAUCCCGUUAA